AGAACAGUGUGAGCCAGCUUCCGUUUCCAUAGUAACGUUAGCUGUGCUACCAGCUAGCUGCUGACUGUCUUCGGUGUUUCCUCGUCUGGGGGAAGACUCCGUCGGUUCUCGGUGUGUCACGUUCUCAGGUAAACGGUGCCGCGUGUGCACGCGCACGCGACGGAUCAGGGAUCACCUGUAAAACGUGGGGCGCGCGUGGCAGCGAGCUCUAAAAUGAAGAGCCAGCAGAAAAGCCCGGAACCGGAAAGAGCCGUCAUCGUCAGCGAGGAAGGUUCCGUUGCCACCGCUGAGGAUCCGGCUGCCAUCACCAACAUCCAGUCCGCCGCCACCUUUCCAGACCAGCCCGUCAAAUACCUGUUCAAGACCGAAGGGGCGGGGGGACAGGUGACCUACAGGGUGAUCCAGGUGGCAGAUGGGCAGCUUGAGGGGCAAACGGAGGCUGCCGCCGCGGUCAGCCUGGUGGCGGGCUUCCCUGCGACCUCCCAGACCGUUCCACAGGCCGUCUUCUCCCAGCCGGACGGGUUAGAGGGAGACGGCAGCGCAGAGGCCCAGUACACCUACUACCCGGCCACCAUCGCCGAUGCCAACACAGGCACCAUGGUGACCACGGUUCAGGCCUCCGACACUUUGCUGGGACAGACCACCCCCGCUGGACAGGUGUACGUGAUGAUGUCACCCCAGGAGGUUCUGACGGGAUCCAACCAGCGGACAAUCGCUCCACGCACUCAGCCGUACAUCACGAAACAGGAAGCUCCUCGCGCCUCCAGGGAUGAGAAGCGGCGAGCCCAGCACAACGAAGUGGAGCGCCGGCGCAGGGACAAGAUCAACAACUGGAUCGUGCAGCUGUCAAAGACCAUCCCAGACUGCAACAUUGACUAUACCAAGACUGGCCAGAGCAAAGGGGGUAUCUUAUCCAAAGCCUGCGAGUACAUCAAGGAGCUCAGACAGAACAACAUGAAGCUGGCAGAGGAAGUCGGCGGCCUGGACCGGCUGCGGGUCGACAACCAGCUGCUACGGCAGGAGGUAGAGGAUUGGAAGUCCAAGAACCAGAUCCUGAGGAACCUUUUGCGGCAGCACGGCAUCACAGGAUCGUCGAGCAGCGACUCUCAGUGAGGCGUCCUGUGCUGAGGAGACUGCCCCCGGCCGCAGAAACUUUGCAUAAGCUCACCUGAAGCUCUGAAGAUUGUUUUCAGCUUCUUCCUACAGCACACGCACCGUGACGGGACAUCCUCCAGGCAGGAGCCUCCACUCCCACGCGCUCGCCUUUCAGGCUGUUUCCUGCAUGUUUUGGGUAGACGGAUCCAGAUCACUGAGGUCUGAGGAGCCUCGUGAUGAGAACAGAACAGACUGAUAAUAUUGAGGACUUUUAACGGGUUCAUGGCUCCUCCCAUGAGGUUUCAGCUCCUCUCCUCCAGAUGCUUCGCUUUUACUUUAUCUUGAUGGUGUCUUCAUCAGUCAUGCUUCUCUUUCUUUGUAUUUUUCUACCUUUUGUGAAGCCUGAAUAAGGACUGUGAUCAGCAUAGUAGCACAGUGUAUGUCUUUAUAUUAAAAUAGCAGAUGCUCCGCCCUGACUGCGCAUGCGCAGGACUCUGUCUGCUCUUUGAUCUGGAGAAAUGAGGAGCUACACAUAUUACAGCUGUUUAAUUCCAGUCCCAAGGUGUUUGUGUUGCACAUUCAACUGUUUUGCGCGGACGGGACAACCAUUUUGGUGUCAUCAAACCUUGGCUUUUUCAAAAAUGACCAGCAUGUCUGCCAGAGUCUGGAACCCUUUAGAGAGCCCUCAUGUCAGGCAGUCACCACAGUAAACAUGAGCAUCUAUGAAGGAUGGACGUGUGUGAGUACAUAUGUAAACGGUUCAUAAUAAAUAGGCUUUAAAAGCAA